AUGGCUCUGUGCUACCCUACGGCCAUGGACGUCAAUGAGGACCACAAGUUGGCUAAGAAUAUCAGUGACCACAGCCACUACCAUGGGCGCCUCACCAAGCAUAUCAAGUCUGCGCAGGACAUGAUCCUCUGGAUCAUGUGAGGCUUCGCUCCAUACGAGCAGUGUGCCAUGGAGCUGCUCAAGGUCUCCAAGGACAAGUUCACCAAGAGAAGGGUGGGGACACACAUUUGUGCCAAAAGGAAAAGAGAAGAGCUAAGCAAUGUCCUGGCAGCCAGGAGGAAAGUGGGAGUCAAGAAGGACUUCACUCCCUCCCCUGUCUGUAAUAAAGCCUGUUUUAUUCUAACUUCAUAA